AAUUUAAGUAACAAAAACAAAAAAACAAAAACAAAACAUACCACAAUUGCAAGAAUUUACCAGACGUGAAGACGGUAUCGCGAUCGCGCUUAUAACACCAAAGCUUAGAAAUAUAAGAGUGAUCAUUGAUUUGUAUUUUGUAAACUAUCAUUCAUAAAUGAUGAUACUUUUACCAUGGAUACUUCCACUAUACCUUCUUUCUUCGGUCGUCAUUUCAGUGGAUGCAUUUAUAGUCGAAGAUGAAGAUUGUCGAUCGUGUUUAACAUGUGGUGUUUCGAAUAACAAUAGAAUCGUUGGAGGUGAGGAUGCUGAAAUAAAUAAAUAUCCUUGGACUGCGAUGUUGCUUUCGCGAGGAUUUUUUCGAUGUGGAGGCUCUUUGAUUAAUAACAAAUAUGUCCUUACUGCCGCUCAUUGUGCAAAACCUUCCGAUGCAUAUAAAUAUGAAGUUCAUUUCUUACAAAACCGACUCUACACUCAUAAUAGUGAAAGGAUUAGUCGAAGGAUAUCGGAAGUAAUCGUACAUCCGAAUUAUAAUCGCGGGGCCGCAGAAAACGACAUCGCCUUACUCAAACUUAGUCAUUCAAUUAGAUUUGAUGAUAAAAUUCGGCCAGUUUGUCUUCCACCAGCUAUGAGUUUACACACUGAACAGGAUGCAAUCAUAGUUGGCUGGGGUGCCCUUGAAGAACACGGAAGAGCAUCACCGCAAAUUCAGGAAAUUUCGGUUCCAAUUAUAAGCAAUAAUCAAUGUGGAGAUUAUGGACUAAAAGUUACUGAUGCAAUGAUAUGUGCUGGUGUCAAAGAAGGAGGAAUGGAUUCGUGCCAAGGUGACAGUGGUGGCCCAUUGCAUGUUAUUAUUAAUUCAAAGUUAACUCAAGCUGGUAUUGUUUCGUGGGGAAUUGGAUGUGGUUCGCCACAUUUUCCUGGAGUUUAUACUAAGGUUUCAAACUAUAUUCCUUGGAUUGGUGAGAUCACCGCUGACGCUUGCACUUGUUAAUUUGUGAGAAGAUACAAAUACAAUAAUAAAAUAUGAAUAUAUGAAAUUUAUAAACAAA